AGGGAAGUGAGAGCAGUCGACGUGACUUUGCCUGAUUCAAGAGUUAUUUUCGUUGUUUGCGUGUGCUUUUGCGCGUAAAAAACUGCUUCAAAGAGACGAUUGAGUAGUUCAAAGAUCAGAACAGAGUCAUCAUGUCAUUGGCAGGGUUCAGAAAACAAAUUAACAAAGCGAAUCAGGUAGAGUAAUGGGCGAGUAGGGCAGUGUUUCACGGCACAACUUGGUACGUGCUCGUGUUCAUAUUUCAUGAACCGUUCCAUCUUUGAUUUCCGUUUGUUGAUUAACAGUUCAUGAGUGAGAAGAUUGGUGGUGCCAAGGGAUCAAAACUGGAAGAAGAUUUUGUGGAGCUAGAAAGAGUAAGUUUCCUUAUAAGGGUUACCAAAUUGACCCCAGGUUCUACCAAUGUGUAUUUUCCCUUUCUGGUCGGAUUCUACACGUAAGCUGAAGUAACCUUUAAUGUUUGUAAACGACAUCACCUUUUUAAAAUAAUUCUACUUCUAUUAUUAGGAAAUAAUAGUUUGUCUUGUAACCUCUCGAAGCUCGAGGCAUCCUAUUAAUUUCUUCUUCAGGCCGAGUUGUAAUCCGUUUUGUUUUGAAACCUUUCUCAGAGUGUCAAAAGGAACUUGACACAAGAUGCUACAACCGCUGACGCCACGAAAAUUUUGUCACACCGGUGAUACUGAUGAACAUCAGGGAUUUGCAUUUUCAUGUGUCACUGAAUAGUGAGAAUAAUUUUAAGUUUACGGAUGUUUUGCCCAGCGAGAGUCAAACUUCGGUUUCCUAGUGUUUUGUAAUGACUUGCAAAAUAUCUAUUGUUCUAUACAUGUUCCUCUUUGAAUCGAAACUUGAAAGUAUGUACCGCUUGUUAUUAUCGGAAUGCUAGUUAAAAAAUAAUUAUUGAUUUUAAUGUCCAUAAAUUUUCUGUAACCUCAUAGCAAUAUUCGCUUCAUGCAGUUUAAAUCGAAUCAUUUAGAAAUUUCUAUCAUGAGGAAAUUCAAUGGAAAAAGUUUAUAAUUUUCUCAUUUCGUAAAGCUUAAUCUCUCUCUGCAUUUAAUUACCAUUAAUAGUAAAACCUAUAUUUCAUCGCAUUUGUUCAAUCCACAAACUCAGAUAUUACCUAUAAAUGAGUUUUAAUCUCCUUAUGUUAAAAGUGAUGUUGAAUUAAUUAACACAACAACAGCAACGAGGAAUCGAAUUAGUGACUCGCAGAUCCAUGCAGUCGCUCUAUUAUCAACGAACGUUUUGCAAAAAUUGCAUCCUAAAAUCGUGGAUAGUAUCAGAAUGAGAUGGGAAAAUAUGGACUGAAGAAUACUGCAAAUUGGUUUUUAGGAAAUAAUUGUCCUUUGCUAAAAAUUCAGAAAAAGGCAAUUGUAAAAUUUUCUUAGUUUUCUCACAGGAAAUAUAAUAUUAUGUACCAUAUACCUGUACAUGAAAUUGAACUAAAUCGGAACUCAACGAAACCGAAAAAAGAAAAAUUGGGGGGACAGAAAGUCUUGUGUAUAAAGUGAUAUGCAAAAUAUCUUUAUGUGGGAAGUUCAGAAUACUGGCUGUUGUGGUAAAAAAAAUUCAGUGUUAUAAAAAAUUAUCCAGAGUUCUAACUAUCAAAUCUCAUGCUGUUCCAACAUGCUCAGCUUAGACAUUGUAUUUUUCGAGGGAAAGGGUUAAAAGCGACAAAGUUUAAUCUGACUGAAGGUUUAGUUGAUAAAUUUAAUUUUACCUUUAUCACUUUGUUGAGGAAUUGUGUUCCUCAUCUGUCAUGCCUACUGUUUAAUGGAUGAAUGUACUGUUUAAUGGAUGAAUGUAAUUAUUUGGCAAUGGUUCUCUAUAUUAUAUUAUAUUAUAUUACAUUAUAGAUGUGUUUAACUAAGUGGACCACUCUAUAAUUUAAUGCAAUUUUAAGUCCAUUUUGGUUAAAUUGAACUUAUUGAUUGAAGAAACUUUAUAAAUGAAUUCUUAUUGUUGAAGAGUAAGUUAAAUGAAAUUUGUAAAUUUUGAAGUUUUUACUUAGUGGGACGGGGGAAAAUAUCUCAUGUUCAUGUUAUUGUUAUGUUAAUGUUGGUCCUCAGUGAGCUUAAUUACUAUAUAUGUUUUGCUCUUUUUUUGUAGAAAACAGAUAUUACUGCAAACCUGGUGGAUCAAGUCAGUGGUAAAACAAAAGAAUACCUUCAACCUAACCCAGGUACUCAGUAGACUGAAAAUAUAACAUGUCAUAUUUUAGUUUGUGUUCUAUAAUUGGUUGAUUUUGCAGGCCAUACUUCACUGUAGGGCUUACUAAAUUCAAAACUUUGUUUGAAUUGAAAUUUUUCCCUCUGUUUGAACUUAUGGCCUGUAUGCCUUAUGCUUAUGCCAAAAAUCUGGCAGUGAAAAACUUCUGAUAAGACUAAUGUGUUGCUCUCCAUUCUACCACAUAUUGACUUUAUGUAAUCUUACUCUUAAGCUGCUCGGGCCAAGCUUACAAUGCAAACAACUGUGCACAAAGUGCGAGGUGAAGCCAAAGUAUCAAGGUACCCCCAACCAGAGGGCCUUCUAGGAGAGACCAUGCAAAAAGGAGGCACUGAUCUUGGGGUUGAGUCACUCUUUGGUAAAAUGAGUAACAUUUGCAUGUAACUGAAUGCUAAUUGUGUAGUUGAAACUCAUUCCUAUAUUGUAAAAUAUUAUAUAAUAACCAUUCAAUGAGUGAAUUACUUGUAUCUUUGAAAGAGAUGGUUAUUUUUCCUUCUUUUAAUACUGGUACACCUCACCUUCCCUUUUACAGCCAGGUGUGCUGAUAGAAGGGUUUUAUUUUUUCAUUCAAACUUUAUUGACAUGUCUAUGGGCAUUAGCAUUUUUUCUUAAUUUACACUGAAUUGUUAUGUGAUGCAAAUGUCACCAUAUUUUGCCAAGUUUGUUUUUGACAAAAUGAGCUAAAUCCAGACACCCCUUGCAAGCCAUUUUUAUAAUAAUUGUAUGAGUAUGAAGAUGUUUUGUUACACAUACAUUUUACUCAUAUAAACAUUUUUUGGUUAAAAAAGUAACAAUAUUAAGCUCAAAAAUUAUGUUCUGAAUACUAAGUAAAUAAAAUUGGAAAAAUCAGUUUACAUUUACAAAGUUACAGAAAAAAACUGAAUAAUUGGAGGUUAGGUUCAAAACAGCUGAGUGUGUAAUUACUGUUGUGAGCAUUUACAUUGAUCAUAAUCAGUUAUUUAAAGAUUACCUGGUACUUAAAGAGAAAACAUUACACCUCUUUGCAUUCUCACUUUUAAAGUAAGUAAAUUAUAGUUUACAAGUUGGAAGAAUAUUAAAUACUUGUAAUUACUGUGAACAAUUAGGAAAAAAGAGAGAAAAGACAGAAAAAAACACAAACAAAAACAAUAAAUAGAUGUAUGUACAGUGUACAUCUGUUUGUACAAAUGCAUUUGUCUGAUUCUCAGUUACCUGAUGAAACUUUUACUCAGUGAAUCCACAUGAUAUUACAGAGCAUUCAUUCUUGCAGGAAUCAUUAGCCUACACUAAAACAUGUUGAAUACCAUUUAUUGUGUGCUAUGGCUAACAUUUACCUACAGGCCAAGCCCUUCAGGAUGCAGGGGAGGCCUUCUCAAAUCUCGCUGAAAUAAAAGAAGCACUGGACAAUACUGUCAAACAGAACUUCCUUGAUCCGCUGGAUCAGCUUAGAAACAGGGAUAUCAAGGAAAUUAUGGUACAAUUUGAAACAUAACUUAACAAAUAAAUGACAAAAAGAUUUUCAUGUUGCGUUGCAUCUGUUCAGUAAUAGAUCAAUAUGAAGUAAGAACAAAAAGAUUUUUUCAUGAUUUUCUACCACAUUUUGAUGCCUUCUGUUUACAGACCCAUAGAUCAAUAUCCAUUUGUUUUAUAUUAUAAAACAAAAAAGGAAAAAUUGAACACAACACCAGCAAAAAAAACCAAAUUUGUCCACAUUCAGUUUUUAAUUCAUAUCUCAACAAAUUUUCUAUGUCAUUUUAAAGUGUAUAGAAUGGGCUUCUCAGGAAAAAAAAAAAAUUUCAUUGAAACCCAGGACCUUUCCUAAAAAGUAAAAUUUAAAACACAAAAAAGUAAGACAUAGUGUAAAACUUGAGGUCAAAAGACCCACAGGUAUACAAGAUUAAUUGACACAUGUCAGCAACAUCCAUUUAAUUUUUUAUUAUAAAAAUGUCAUUCCAAAAAAAUUAGCAAAAAUUUGAAAAAUUCAGUUUUCAAUUCAUAUCUCAACAAAUAUUUACAGGAAUAACACCUACAAUAUGUCAUUUUAAAGUGAAACCCAGGACUUUCAUCCAUGCAUAGCCUUGAGUGUCCUCCAAUAGAUCAUGAUUAUAGCAGAAGUUAAUUAAUGGUGUUUCAUAAUUCAUGUCCUCCAAUGACAUUCUUCAUAAAUUCAUGCAUUCUUCAAAAGCAAACAACAUAUGGUCAUGUCUCUGUCAGCACUCAUAAUUUUUUUCUUAAAACUUUAUUUGCCAUUUAGAAGGCUCAGUUGAACAGUGAUCAGCCCAACUAGCAGUCAGUCAUUAUAUGUGAAUAUGAAGUUGCACAUGUAUGCUUGUUUAGAAGCAACUACCACCAGGCUAAUUAUUCUUCAGUAUUCUUGUUCAUGUAAAGCUGUUUGUGUGGUAUUUUAAUCAAAUUUAUAAUAUUUUACAUUGAAUAGUAACACAUUUCUUCUGAUUUUCCUCUCAGCACCACAGAAAGAAACUGCAGGGACGGCGACUUGAUUAUGAUUGUAAAAAAAGGAAGGGGCCCAAAGGUACACAUUGAUCGUAGUUAAGUUUGUUUGGCUUGUAAUAGUGGAGCUUGUAGAGUGUAGCCCCAUAAUUAUACAAAAUGGUAGUAACCCAUCAAGCCGAAAAAAUUUGGAUGUACAACCAUAAGACCGUACAAGGUGCUACUUUUAACAUGCAUGGUCAUCUGUACCGCGGGCACGCCAAUGCCACAGCUUUGUUCAGAAGUCCAGUGGUCAGUGCACUGGGCUCCGAGUUGGACAACCCACGUUCUAGUCCUGGCUGGGCAAGGCAUUGUGCCCUUGAGAUAUGCGGGAAAAAAAUGGGAGCUCCACUUUUAGGCUUGGCUAAAUCUAUAUAUUAUUAUUGUUCUCCAUUCUGUUGUACAAAAGGCAUUGUAAUUCCCAAAAACUCUCUCCAAUUCCUCUGAUAACUGAUGUUUGAGCAACACAAUGCAAUGGAAUAAAAGUGAUUUUCCUCAGAAGUACAAAAUGAAAUACAAUGUACAUGAAGGAGCUUCUUUGCUGUAUUAUUAUGACUAUCCACCUUUUAGUUGGGAGGUUACUGCCAUUUUGGCUUGCCUUUUCAUUAAUGUUUUAUUUUCCUUUUUUUUGUAUUUCCUAGUUAUUUAUUUCCUUGUUUCUUUUUCCUUUCAAUAGUUCCAGAAGAAGAAGUCAGAGCUGCAGAAGAAAAAUUUGAGGAAUCUAAAGAGAUUUGUUAUAACAGUAUGCUGAACCUCAUUGAGACUGCUGAUGUAAGCAUGGAAAUGUAUUUUUUUUCAGUUAAUACAAAUUUACUUUUAAUAAUGAUCCCUUGUCUCCAGCUGCACUGUAACUGUUUGAUCUGAAAUUUAUGAAACCUUGAGGUAAAUUGUACAGCCCCUUUACAAUAAAUUAAACUGGAACUUGUAUUGAUCACUAACUGUAAUUUGUAAUAUGUUCUUUAGCAGGAGCAAGUUAGUCAGCUGGCAGCCCUAGCAGAAGCAAUAUUUGACUAUCACAAACACUGCUCAGAUGUCAUGGAAAGCCUGGUAGCUACUCUGAACGACAAGUUAGUGGAUUGAUGAACAUUUCAAUGUAUACACAUACUUGCAACUGUUCUGUCUGUAACCAUUAUGUUUUCUUGCAGCUUUGACUGCAGAGAAAUUCUGGAGAGAGAUUGGUUUUAAGUUACUGCAUCUUUAAGGUUCAUUUCAGUAGUGGUUUCCUUUUGACUUUUAUUUAUUUCUUUUUCAACUUAACUCUUCUUUAUUUUAGGGUUUCUGAAGCUGGUAGUCGCCCACGAAGUGAGCGAAGGUCCAUCCGCAUUCGCAGUAAUGAUGAUAGUGAUGAUGAGGAGCCCGGGUCCUCUUACAGUUUCUCACCCACACCAUCUGCCACUCCAUCAGCCCCACCAUCAGCACCCACCCCUGCAACAAAUGGUUCUUACUACAGUGGCCCAUUUAAAGCAGUGUAUGAUUUUGAGUCAGGUAAGAAAAGUCUUUGUAACAUAUUUGUUCAAAUUAUGUUAUAAACAAAAUCUACAGUGUGUACAUAAGUAGUGCAACCACACACUAGUGUUAUGAGAUUAUCACUGUGGUGGUCUUUGCCAAGCACAAUGUUACACCUUGAACUGAAUUGAAGACAUUGCAGUUUUAAAAUAUUAAGGCCAAACUUGCUUUAUUUUAAUUUAACAAGAUAAGAAGUUGAUCUCUCAACUUUAACUUCUAUUAUUUUGCAUAUAUAGUUCUCCAUUCUUACACAAGCAUAUUUAUUUUUGUUUUCCAGAAAAUGACAAUGAACUAGGUUUUAAUGAAGGUGAUGUAAUCCAAGUGGAUGAGCAAAUAGAUGAAAACUGGCUUUCUGGAACAUUAAAUGGUCAAACUGGAAUGUUUCCUCUUAAUUAUGUGGAAAAAAUGUAACUUUGAUCAACCAUUUUGAACAAUUGUUAGGUUUGAUUGGGUACAAUGAAUUGAUGUAUGAACUUAAUUUAUGUGACAAAAUUAAUUCUUGCCAUAUCAAAAUAAACUUUGCAAACUAGGUUAUAUAAUUUUGUCAUAAGAAGAAGCUGAGAGAAGGAUCUUGUGCAUUAUGUAGUUGUAUAAAAUUUACCUGCAAUAAUCCCUAGAAUCAUUAGUUGUAGCUCAAAGGAGAUUAGGCUCUUAAUAGUCAGCAGCACUUUUUGGGGGAAAAGGAGAAAAAAAAUUUAAAAAAAUAGGAAAAUUAACAAUUCAAUAAAUAGAAAUCAUAAAGUUUUCUUUCAAACUGGUUGAUAAUGGUUCUACUUAAAACAACAUUUUGUUGCCAACCAUCGGGGGAUUAUCACAUCUGAUUGGUUUGUGUCUUACAACCUGACCAUCAUGGAAAGCAGUUGAAUUACUGUAGUUUGUGGAAUAUGUUACAAUGAAGACAACUAUUAAUUACUCUAAUGAAACAAUGCAGCUUUAUUUUACGAUCAUCCUGGUAUAUGAAAUUGUUCGUACAUAAUUGAUAAAUAUGCAGCUAUAGUAACCAUAAGGCUUUGCUUUUCGCAGCCUGUGAACAGAGAUUUAUAUGCCAGACUGCAAGUAAACUUUGGUACUGUUAAAGUCAUUAUCUUACUUGUAAAAUGGAGUUCAGAAUGCAACAUGUAGACCUUCAUAUGGUUAAUUGUUUUGGCAAAUUCAUGCAAUUUUAGUUAUAAAAGUCAGUGCAUGUGAUUGAACUUGAUUAUGAAAUAUGUGUAUUUAGAAGUGAGGAAAAUUAUUACAAGUUUUAGUGACCCACCACAGAACAAUUGUGAAUGGGGAUGCUAUGAAGUCUUCUGUUACAUGUGCAUGAGAUAUGUUCUCAGUGUAGCUCGAGGUGAGGUAUUCAUUAAAUCGUUAUGAGGUGAUCUUAGAUAAUUAGAGACCUUUUUAGUAGGUGUCAGUGAUUAUCAAGAGAUCUAAGUUUGCAAUAAAAUUUAAGUAUUUUAUUGAGUAUCGUGCU